AUGGCCACAGAUGAAUCGCUGUCGCUAUCUGGCCACAUUGGCCAUGCUUUGUCCGCAUUGGCAGUACUAGCUCAUGUGCAGUCGUCAUCUUAUCAAAGCAAAGGCGUCCACAACAGCGCUAAAUUUCGAGAGCCACAGACAUCCGACCUUCUAAUGGGUCCCGAAGACGAUGGCGAUGAUGAUGAAGACGACGAAGACGACCUGGAUUAUGAACCUGAAGAUGCAGACGACGACAAAACUUAUACUGAAACAGACUACUCCGUACGCGAAGGCGACUUUGACCUAGGUGAAGAUGAAGACGGGGCCGAAGAAGGUGAAGAUGAAGACGAGGCCGAAGAAGGUGAAGAUGAAGAUGAAGGUGAAGAUGAAGAUGAGGCUGAAAACAAAGCCGUCAAACUUGAAGGCAGCGACGAAAAGCUCGAAAACAAUCGUGAAGACGACGUCGAAGCAGCAAACACUAAUUCUGCAAGGUCGUUACCAGUGUCUCCUAGACCUGGCUACAGCAGCAAUGCGCCUCAAGCUAAGUCAAAAGGAAGGUUACCAACUAGCUCCACUAAGGGUACUCCAUCUUCCUUACCACCCCCCUGCGCGCCUUCUCGGUCACAACCUUUCCCCCUACCAUCGUAUAACCCUAUGACUCCUUUAGACCCGAGCAUUGAUCUUUCCCUGAAGGGCGAUUUAACACCAAAGGCAGAACUGGAUUCCUCUCCCGAGCCCGACUUUCCUUCCGUGUCACAAAUGCUUGCAAAGACGCGUCCUUCAGCAUCGCAGCCUACAAAAUCCACUUUUGAAAGUGGUGGUGUGGAAGGUUCUGCUCAUGUUUCUGCUAUCCGUUCUCAGGACGUUAUCUCUUCAAACAUAUCAAAGUCGCCCAUGGCGAUUGAUAGUGUCGCACCUUCUUCCUCACAGCCAGCACCAAAGCCCCAGCGUCCACGUCCUGUGGCUUGCAAGGCGAAGCCCCGGGCUCUCCCGAUUGAGCCUCAGCGCUCUUCGACUCUAUCCCAUCCCGCUACUCCUGAUGAUGAAGAUAGGGAAAAGAACAAGAAUAACGGCAAGGGGAAGAGAAGGGCUUCGAUCGAAUCUUCUCAGAACUGUAAAGAGGAUAUCUCAAGGAAUCACCUCCGCCCCACAAAGCGCUCAAAGCUCGUUGAUCAGUCAACCUUUUUUGCUGGUCUCUUGGAUGAACAAGAUGUGUUUAUGGACGACAGUGUCGUAGUCGAAAGCGACGAGCAUGGCUUGGUAUACCACCUGUCGAACAUCACACCGACAGAUCUCGAGGCAUUACUACAGCUCGAUAGGAACCCAAUGGCUUAUUAUUUCAACCCCCCUACACUCCAGGUCUUGGCUGCUAUCCUUCGCGCAGCAACUAGAUUAGGUUUCGACACGUAUCGAGCUUUCGCCGUGAAACUCUUAGAGAAUGCUUGGUCCUCAUCUCUCACGGAUAUCACCUACGGAAACUAA